AGAGGGAGGAAGUGCAAGAAAAUGUCAAGGAUUCAUUUUUUCUGCUGAGUGCUUGUGGCAAACAAGUUGCGAGACCCUCCAGAAAGCGUAUAGAGACAGGAAAAGAAUGGACCGAUCAGCAUUGGACGUGUUCCACUACAAAGACAAAGAGCAGUCAUCCAACCUUCUCCUGCAGCUCAACAGCCUGAGACAGGAUACGCUUCUGACAGACGUGCUACUCUGUUCCGAAAACAUCGAGAUCCCUUGCCAUCGCAAUGUCCUGGUGUCCAGCAGCCCUUACUUCAGGGCAAUGUUCUGCAACAACUUUGUGGAAAGGCAUCAGCACCGGAUCAACCUGAAGGGUCUCACGUCGGCCGUCCUGAGCAGCAUCAUCGACUACGUCUACACCGGGCUGGCUUGUAUCAGCAUGGAUAACGUGCUGCCUUUCAUGCAGGCAGCCUCCAUGCUGCAGUACGGCCGGCUUUUUGAGGCCUGCUCCAGUUUUUUACAACAGCAGCUGAGCCCGGAGAACUGCUUGAGCAUGGUAAGGCUUUCUGAUAUCUUGAACUGCAACACUUUGAGACACAAGGCAAAGGAGAUGGCCGUGAAGAGCUUCUCCGAUGUGUCUGUUUCGGAGGAUCUGCGCGAGCUGUCUUUACCAGAGCUUAUGGGCUACCUGGAGGAUGACAGCCUUUGUGCGGAGGAGGAGCAGGUAUUUGAGACUCUUGUAGCUUGGAUCCAUUAUGAUCCUUUAUCCAGACGUGGCGCCAUCAGUGACCUUUUCAAGAAAGUGCGUCUCCGCUACAUCCACCCCACCUACUUGUUCCAAUUUAUCGCCAAUGACCCUCUGAUUCAGUCCUCUACCCUCUGUGUUGAAAUCAUCGAUUCGGUGCGACGCCUCAUGUUUUCUGUCAGCACAAAAUAUGUGGGUGACUUUGCGGGUGACUUGAAGCCUGUUUGGGUUGCACCGAGGCGCUGCACCUACCGUGACACUCUUGUUGUGGUGGGAGGGAGGAAAAACAAUGAGCAGACCUCAAGGGACGCUAUAGUAUUUGAUGAGAGGAGCCAGAAGUGGCAGUGUUUGUCCAAGCUGCCUGUCCGACUGUACAAAGCUUCCUACGUGGCUCUGCACAGUGUGAUGUAUGUUAUCGGAGGCCUGAGCACCAACACAAAACACAGCCAAGUCAGCAAAACUGUCUAUACCCUAUCUCUCAAAACCAACCAGUGGCGGGUGGCUGAGCCGAUGCUGGAGCCCCGUUUCGCCCACCAGAGUGUCUCCUACCUCCACUUCAUCUUCGUCCUUGGGGGACUCGGGUCUGAUAGACGGCUGGCCGACAGCGUGGAAAGAUACAACAGCAUGUUCAACCAGUGGGAGUCAAUGGCCCCCAUGCCCGAGGCUGUUCUGCACCCUGCAGUGGCCGCCACCAACCAGAGGAUCUACAUGUUUGGUGGGGAAGACGCCAAGCACAACCCGGUCCGAAUCAUUCAGGUGUAUCACAUUGCCAGGAACAUGUGGUGUAAGAUGGAGAACAGAACAGUAAAGAACGUGUCCGCUCCUGCUGUUGUGAUGGAUGAAAACAUCUACGUUAUUGGAGGAUACACCAGGAGAAUGAUUGCGUACGAUACCAAGGCCAACCGCUUCAUCAAGUGUGCCAGCCUGAAGGAGAGGAGGAUGCACCAUUCUGCUACGGUUCUCAACAACAAACUUUACAUCACUGGAGGGCGUUACAUCAAUGGCCAUGAUGUUAUUGAGGACUCAGACAAUUUUGAGUGUUAUGACCCAAAGACAGACACUUGGACAUCCGAGGGGACUCUACCAUAUAAACUCUUCGACCACGGCUCUCUUACUGUGACAUGUGUCUCACAGACAUUGGAUCACUCAUAGUUGAGAGUGAUUCAUAAUAACAGUUAUUUGAAUGUCAACGGUUGAUUUAAUGUGGAACUAAUGAACUAAUAUUAGGGGGUUUGUGUGUUUUCCAUUUCAAUUUUGAGCGCCUAUCCCAGAUGAACUGGACUGGUCACUAUUAACUCAUAUAAAACACAUUUUGAAACAACCAUUCACCCUCAAUUCACCCCUAUGGACAAUUUCUCCAAUGGGAGAAAACUAGUAUACCCAAAGUAAGUGGCUCUGAUAUCAACGCGCUCAGGGCGAAACCAGUCUUUUGAUGCCCCCUAUGCCACUCUGGGUAAUAAAUGCCCAUGUGGACUGAUGUAAGACUUUCACUUUCAAGACACACACACACACACACACACACACACACACACACACACACACACACACACACACACACACACACA